CGGCUGCCUUGAGCAGGGAAAAGGCGCGGAAUGGGGAAUACGGCCCCGGGAAUAGAAAAAGCUUCUGUUGAAGCCUUGUUGAAAUUUGGACAGAAAGCUGGAGACCCGCUGGAUCGGGCUCUAGUGACAGAUUUGUUGUCUUGGGCACGCCGUAGAGGCUUACUCAAGGAAACUGCACAAGUUUUUAAAGACGAGACGUGGAAGCGUAUAGGGGAGGAAAUAUGGGAAUCUGUCCAGACUGAUAAUAAAGAAGCAAAAAGACUUGCUUCAACCUAUCGACAGAUCAGUCUCUUAGUACAAAAAAUAGGAGCGGAGGCAGAAGUUGAAGCAAUAAUUCAGACCAUCUUGAAAGACGCUAAAAAUAAAGUAACAUCGGGAUCGGGGGCGGAGACAAAAACUGCCGCGGAGACAAAAACUGAGAUAAAAACUGAGACGAAAACUGUUUGCCCUGCUACCCAAGGUCCUUACGAUUAUCUCAUUCCUGAUUGGGACCCCGAUAAGGGAGCGGGAGGUUCACAAGUCCCCGAGCCUAUGGAAGUGGGACAAGCGGUACCAUCAGCUCCGCAAAUAGAUCCUGCAACUGUCCCUCUGCCUCCUGAGGAAGAGGAGUUAAAGACUCUUUUACAUGAGCAGGCAGAUGCAAUGACUAAACUAUUGAAUGAGAUGCAACGGUUGGAUAAAGGUUCCAAAUCAAGGGUGGUUAAAGAGAGUUAUCGCAAGGCACAUAAGUCUAUUGUUGAAGGUCUGAAAAAUGUUGAGAAACAAUUAACAAAGAUUGAGUCUGGUAAUUGUGUUCACCCUGCUGCUGUUACUGAAGAGAAAAAUACAGAUGGUAAAAUGUCAGUGGAAGGGGUUCGUCAACGGGUGUUACAAAGUAUCAGAGAUGGUGAAAUGAACAUAGAGGAGGGCGAUUGGUAUUUGCGGUCUAAGUAUGGUUCAGAAGCGAGACUGUCUGCGGAGGAUAAGAGAAAGCUUGCAGAUUGGUUUGCAUUGUAUCCUCAGUAUAAAAGGAAAGAGGAUUCAGCAAGUGGAAUGGUGGAUGAUGUCUGGAAGUGGUGGAGAGGGAAGGCGAAUGAGGAAAAGUCAAAGGAGACUCCUAAACAGAGAAAUUCUGAUUACAUUCCAAAAGAUCCCAACUUUGACAUGUCAAACCGGUGGAAGGGAGUUGUAACCAAUGCUGAAAUUACUGGGGAUUUUCAGUUUACAGCUGCACCAGUAACUAUUGAUAAUAAUGGACAGAGAAACUGGCAGCCUAUAGACUGGACCACAGUUGCCAAAAUACAGAAAGCAAUUUUAGAUUAUGGAAUAGACAAUCGACUGGUCAGAAGACAGAUGGAAACAUUUAUAAAACAUCAGACACUAAUACCCACAGACAUUAAACAUCUGUUUGAACUGAUGCUGGGACCUACGAGUUAUAUGAUGUUUGUUAACAAGUGGCAGGAAAGAUUAGAGCAGAAACAGCUUGAUAACUUGACACUGCCGCACGGAGAUCCCUUACGGGUGGCCUCCCUAGAGCAAUUGAUGGGGAACGGUCAGUACGUUGACCCACAGCGGCAAGCUGCGCUAGACUUGCGAAUUCUGGCUCAAAGCAAAGUGGCUGCCCUUGAAGCUUUCGCCAGUUUGCCACAGGUCGGCACUCCAAAACAACCAUACUUGCAAAUUAAACAGAAAGAUAAUGAGUCAUUUAUGGCAUUUGUUGACAGAAUUACAGAAGGUGUUGAAAUGGCACCUGACAUUCCAGCCAACAUGAAAGAGACAUUGGUAAAAGAGAUUGCUAUGCAAAAUGCCAAUGCUGCCUGUCGGAGGUUAAUUGCCACUUUACCCCCUGCUGCUUCUUUACUGCAAAUGGUAGAACAAUGUUCUCGAGCCCCGAUGGAAGAAGAGAAGGAAAAGGCUCGAAUUCAUGCCUCUGCAUUAGCAGCUGCAUUGUCCAAAUGCUCGCCACAAGGAAAGGGGGACAAGGGCUCAAAUCCUGUAUGUUUUAAAUGUGGACAGACGGGACAUUUUAAAAAGCAUUGUCCUACAAUUAAGGCUGUUACUAACCAAGUAUCGUCGAUGAGUUCUCCAUUCGCAGGUACCUGCAACAAGUGUGACAAGUUCGGACACAGAGCAUCAGACUGCAAAUCCCGAUUUAAGAAGGAUGGAACACCUCUUGUGCCCCAGCAGGGAAACGGGGGAGGCCGCGUGGGGGGCGCGGCUCAGACCUCAUCUUAAGCGACCGGACCCCCCACAACGGAGGCUGCCUCGACGAUCUACUCGCCGCCACCAGAGGAAGCGCUGGCCUCGAUUUGGUCGUAAGUGAAACAAUAACAAUCACAACACAGGAGGUUACACUAAUCCCUACUACCAGUAAAGGACCAUUAGGGUAUGGACUUUCUGCCUUGCUAAUAGGAAGAUCUUCAGCUACAAGAACUGGAAUUUUUGUACAACCAGGAUUAAUCGAUAGUGACUUCACAGGAGUUAUUCACAUUAUGGUUAAUGUUUUUACACCACCAAUUACCAUUCCAAAAGGCAGUAAGAUAGCACAAUUGAUUCCUUUCAAAGCCUGUGUACCACAUUCAACACCUAAAAUCAGAGGAACAGGAGGGUUUGGGUCUACAGAGCCACUAAUAGCUUUCUCUGAGGUGAUAACUAACAACAAACCUACACGUUCUGUUACCAUUAUCCAUCCCGAUACUCAGAUCACCCCUAAAACCAUUACAGCUGAGAUGAUGAUUGACACGGGUGCAGAUGUCACUAUAGUGCCAGCUGCAUAUUGGCCAAAAGCGUGGCCAAUUGUAAAUUCAUCUGAGAAGGUUUUGGGAAUAGCAGGACUAGCAGAAAUGAGAAAAAGUGCUGUGUUAUUGGACAUCAAAGACAAUGAGGGGAACAUUGCAAAAGUAACACCUGUAAUCAUGGACACACCCUUAUGGUUGCUAGGUCGAGAUGUACUCUCCCAAUGGCAACUUGUUUUGUCUACUCCUUUUCCAUAGCGGCCACUGACAAAGGUGCUCUUCCCACUAUUAAGCUGACUUGGAAAACUGAUAAGCCUGUGUGGGUUGAUCAGUGGCCGCUCACUGAUGAAAAAUUGGAGCACCUGAACCAGCUUGUGGAUGAACAAUUAGAGAAAGGCCAUAUAAAAGAAUCUUUUAGUCCUUGGAACACUCCAGUUUUUGUUAUACAGAAAAAAUCAGGAAAAUGGCGAUUUUUGCACGAUCUUCGUGCUGUUAAUGAGCAAAUGACGCCAAUGGGAGCGUUACAACCAGGCCUACCUUCUCCAGCUGCAAUACCUGUUAAUUGGGCUGUCUACAUUAUUGAUCUUAAGGAUUGUUUCUUUAGUAUUCCACUCGAUCCUGCUGAUACUCAACGAUUUGCCUUUAGUAUACCAUCAAAGAAUAACAGUGCCCCCAUGAGAAGAUUUGAAUGGAUAGUUCUGCCACAGGGAAUGCGUAAUAGCCCAACCAUAUGUCAAUGGUAUGUUAACCAAGCAUUACAAAAUUGGAAGAGUUCACACCCUACAUACGUGGUAUUACAUUAUAUGGAUGAUAUCUUGAUUGCUUCUCCCAUUCCCUUAACAGAAACUGAAAAGACUACAUUAUCACAGACUCUUAAGCACUGGGGAUUGACAAUUGCAAAAGAUAAGAUUCAGGCCCAAGAACCAUGGAAUUAUCUAGGACUGAUAGUGACAGAAAGCAGAAUCAGACCUCAAAAAAUUACACUACAUGUGAAAAUAGAAACAGUGAACGAUGUCCAAAAAUUAUUAGGAGAAUUGCAAUGGAUCAGACAAUGGAUAGGGAUUACUAAUAAAGAUCUUGAACCCCUUAGAGAGUUGCUAAAAGGAUCAAAACAUCCAGCAGAACCUAGAGUUUUGCAAAACCAGCACUAUGAGGCACUUGAAAAAAUUAAUAACAAAAUAGCUGAAUUACAAGCAUAUCGUUACAAUACUGCCUUGCCAAUCAAUGUUUAUUUAUGCCAACAAGACAAUGAUUACUAUUUGGCAAUAGGACAGGAACAGGAUCAGAAGACAUUCCUACUAUUGGAGUGGUUAUUUCCAAAAAGUCAGCCUCAUGCAUCACUGUUACACAAACUUGACCUUGUUGGUUCCUUGCUGUUAAAGGCAAAACGUAGAGUACGUCAUGUUUUUGGGGUAGAAGUAACUAAGAUUGUGUUACCAUUUGCAAUGAAAUCAGUGGUGGAAGAAUGGUGUAACAUGUCAUAUUCUUUUGCUACUGCAGUGAUUGCUACAUCUAUUGAUAAUCAUUAUCCUGCAUUUCCUUUAUUUGGUACUCAAUUGAUGUUAAACCAGAAAGCACUGAAAUGUGAACAACCUAUUGAAAAUGGUGUUACAGUUUUUACUGAUGCUUCUGGGAAAACACACAAAUAUGGCUAUGCUAAAUGGUGUGACACUUCCAAACAAUGGAAGACUGUAGUGAAAGAACUAGAAGGAGUUUCUGUUCAAUGCCUUGAACUCAAAGCAGUAACAAUGGUGUUUGAAGACUUUGUAAAUAUCCCUGUAAAUAUUAUUACUGAUUCUAUGUAUGUAGCUUCUGUUGUGAAUCGAGUAGAGGAGUCAAUUAUUGGACACAUUUCUAACAAGGUUAUUGAAGCUGUGAUUAUUCAAUUGUUGAAUUUGAUUCUAAACAGAAAAUGUUUAUAUUUUUGUACUCAUAUUCGUAGUCAUACUAACUUGCCUGGAUUCUUGUCAGAAGGAAACGCGAAAGCCGAUGAGGUGGUGAGUGCUGGAGCCCAGCAAAAUGAUACUGAUGAACCUUCUGUUUCUGUCAAAUCAGCCACUCAGGCAAUUAAGCAAGCACAAAGGACGGAGAGCGGUGGUUGCCAGCCAAGUGGGUGCGACCCUGGCUACAUGCUGAAACCAAGGAAAACAAGGAGGAUGAUCAAACGGCGAUAGAAGAAAUCGCUGACUUAGAAGCUGCACACAACGUCACCAGAGACAACUGAUCUGAGCUAAAUGUUGAACAAUAUGUAUUGGUUAUCUGCUAUUGUAAUUAUUUUUGUGGUGCAGGAGAAUCUUGGGUGGGGUAGUGAAGACAACUUUUGGGUGAAUUGGGCAAAGGAGACAAAUAACCCAUCCUUUUGCUUACACUUAUCAGCAGCCACAGACCCAUUUAAAACAUGCCUGAUAGGGUUGCCAUUUGAUGAUCAACGCACUUUGGUAGCCUCCUUUUCAUCUCUCACACAUCAAGAUUGUUCUACAGCAAAAAGUAUAAGUCAUUGUAUGGCAUUAAUAGUUGCAAGCCUCAAUGACCCUUUACCAUGGGAUCCUCAAGAGUUCAACCUGUUAGGAAGUAGAAUGCCAAAUCAGUCAGGAUGUCUGAUAUUUGGCUCGUACAAUCUGACGAAUCGUCAAAUAACAGAUCUAACAUCCUAUCAUUUUCCUUAUUGGAGUACCUCUGAUUUUUGUGCUAAAGACACGGUUUAUGGUUGGAACACAAAUGGUAUGUGCCUUAACAUUACCAAAGCCUUAAGAUUGCCUAGAAAUGUGUUCCUGAUCUGUGGUAGAAGAGCGUGGCCUGGAAUCCCAAAAGAAAGUAACGGAGGGCCAUGUUACAUUGGUCACCUUUCUUUGCUAACUCCUACUUCAGAAUUUAUCCGAAAUCAUAUUGCAAGUAGUGCAACUCUAUUAAGAAAUCGUAGAAAUGUAGAAAUGUUAACCUCUGAUUGUAAUGAUGAAGUGGAACUUUGGUCUCAUACAGCAAGAGUUUUUGGAGCAUUGUUUCCUCCUAUAGGAACAGCACAUGCCUUGUCAGCCAUUCAGAGAUUAGCAUGUUGGACAGCAAAACAAGCUAAUGUUACUACUAGUGUUAUUUCUCAGCUUGCAGUAGAUCAAAAUAGUUUGCGAAAGGCUACCCUGCAAAAUAGAGCAGCUAUAGAUUACUUGCUUUUAGUACAAGGAAAAGGCUGUGAAGAGGUAGAAGGAAUGUGUUGUUUUAACUUGUCUGAUCAUAGUGAUUCAAUCCAUAAAAAGGUAGACUGGCUUCAGCAUCAUACAGAGAGAAUUACAGCGAAUCAUAACCCCUUUGAUGAUUGGCUAAUGUCAUGGGGAAUUUCAGCUUGGGCAAAAGAGUUAAUCAAAACUGUAGGAAUAGUAUUGCUUAUUGUUAUUGUUGUGUUAUUUUUAGGACCCUGCAUCUUCCGAUGUCUAUCCUGGCAGAUGCAUCGGAUCGCUGCUACAGUGUUUGAAAAGAAAGGGGGAGAUGUGGGGAAUUUUGUAGGGGCUGUUGCUUUGCAAUCGAUAUGUAGGCGAUUGGAACACAGCGGGUAAGACACCGGUCAGCCCAAGGACACUGUGUCCGCUUCGUGCUUUCUAUGAAAAAAAGCAGAGUUGGCCUGAGGAUGUUGCGUCCUUGUGAUACAGCUGUGCAAAGUAAAACAAGUAAUGAAUCAGUCAUGAAUAUACCAUAGAACAAAGGAUCUGCACAUCUGGAAAUGUAGGGUUUGAUAUAUGAGCACACGUACUGCUUAUAAAAAUACCUUUUUGUAUCUACUAAUGAUUAUGCUUUAAACCACAAAAAUGUAUUGCAUGGACCAAUUAGAAAUCGACAUGUAAUCCUGUAAUAGUAUAAAAAGCCUUCUGAUUUGUGUAUUAAAUGUCUUACAUUUACAAUCCA